AUGGAGAGAAAAGGAAAAUGGAGAAAGCCGGGGGAGAAGGGACGAAGGAAGGAGGAGGGUGAGGAGGAAAGGAAAAGGAGAAGCCGGGGAGGAAAGGAGGAAGGAGAGGGAGGAAGGAACAAGGAGAAGCGGGGAGGAGAGAAAGGAAGAGGGGAGGGAGAGGAGGAAAGGAAAUGGAGGAAGCGGGGAGGAGAGAAGGAAAAGGAAGGGGAGAUAAGAAGAAACAAGGACGGAAGGGGGGCGGGAGAGGAAGAGGAGGAGGAAGGAAGGAGAGCUGGGAGGAGAAGAAGAGGGGGAAAGGAGAAAGGAACAAUGGAGGAAACAGGAGGAGAGAAGGACAGGAAGGAGGGGGGAGAGGAGAAGGAACAUGAAGCAGGGGGAGGAAAGGAAGGAGGGGGGGGGAGAGGGAAAGGAACAAUGGAGGAACAGCGGGAGAGAGAGGAACGGAAGGAGGGGAGGGGAGAGAGAGAAGAGAAAGGAAACAAUGGAGGAAGCGGGGAGAAGAGGCGAAAGAAGGAGGAGGGGGAAGGAAGGAAAAAUGGAAGAGCGGGGAGGAGGGACGAGAGAGGAGAGAAUAAGAACAAUGGAGAAGCCGGGGAGGAAAGGACGGAAGGAGGAGGGAGGAGAAAGGAAAAUGGAGAAGCGGGAAGAGGGAAGGAAGGAAAUGGGGAAGAAAAGAAAAGAAGGAGGAAAGGGAGAGAGAAGGAAGAGGGGAGGGAGAGAGAGAGAAAGGAACAAUGGAGGAAGUCGGGGAGGAGAGAAAGGAAGGAGUGGAGGGGGAGAGAGAGAAAAAGGAACAAUGGAGGAAGGAGGGGAGGGGAGAGAGAGAAAAGGAACAAUGGAGGAAGGAGGGGAGGAGAGAAAGGAAGGAGGGGAGUGGGGGAGAGAGAGAGAAAGGAACAAUGGAGGAAGCCGGGGAGGAGAGGACGGAAAGAGGAGGGGGAGGGAAGGAAGAAUGGAGGAAGCCGGGGAAGAGGGGACGGAAGGAAGGGGGAGAGAAAAGAACAAUGGAGGAAGCCGGGGAGGAGAGGACGGAAGGAGGGGGAGAGAAAGGAACAAUGGAGGAAGCCGGGGAGGAGAGGACGGAAGGAUACACAGAUACAAUCCAAUUUUGAACGCUGUUGCAUGUAA